UUGGAAGCCUAAAAUUAAGGAUUGGGAACCUGUUGGCAAUUUGAACAAGAUGAUUGGAGUGCACAACUUGCCUUUCUUUGGCCAGACCCAAGCGUUUAUGGGCAAAACGCUUUGGGAUUGGUUCAAAAGGUCAAAAGCCCACUUUUCUGAUAUCAUUGACCGGUUAAAUUGCCAUAUUGUCCCCAUGUUUUUAAUGUUUUUUGUUAUGAUGAUCUCAGCAAAUAUUUUUGGUGCCUUUGGUAUGGAACCUAUGCGUUGCUUGCGCAGUCCAGAGCUUAAUGAAGAAGAAAGAGAAUAUGCCCUCGAUUAUUGUAUGUCCAAAAACACUUAUUAUGUUGCACCCGAGGAAGGAAUACCUUGGUCAAACAAGGAAAGGCGUGAAAGGCAGUUAGGAUAUUACCAUUGGGUGCCUAUAAUGAUGUUUUUACAAGCAAUGCUUUUUAUGUUGCCAAAUUGGUUGUGGAAUGCACUCAAUCAACAGAGUGGUAUUGAAUUCAUUAAAUUCAUUGAAGAAUCAUCCCGACUCAAAACAUUAGAGCUUUCAAAUCCAGAAAGGCCAACUUUGCUUCAUGAAUUGCAGGAAAAGAUUGCUGAGGCAAUUCUUAAUCGUCAAGCUUAUUUUCGUCGAAGAAUGGCUGGUUGCCGGUUUGGCCAAAGUAUGGGAUCUUAUGUUUCAUGGUUAUACGUCUUUAUAAAAGCUCUUUAUUUGCUAAACGUCACGGGUCAAUUUUUUAUUCUCAAUUCUUUCAUUGGAAGUACCUACCGAUGGUGGGGAAUUGAUGUAUUAAAUGCUUUACUUGCUGGGGAAAAUUGGCAGGAUUCUCCAAUAUUUCCUCGUCUUACUCUUUGUGAUGUUCCAAUACGUCGGUUGGGAGACACUCCAAGAUAUACACUUCAAUGUCAUUUGAGAAUUAAUACAUACAACGAAAAGAUUUAUUUAUUUAUUUGGUGGGGCUUUCUACUCGUUUCAAUUUUAACUUUUUUCAACUUUUGGUACUACCUCCUUGUACUUAUCUGUUUGCCUUGUACACAAGAAAAUUCUGUUAGACAUUUGCUCAAACAAGAUCGACAUGAAAACAUGGUUUAUUCAGCAAAGAAAAGGGAUCGAAAGUUGAUCAAGUCGUUUGCAGAGGAAGCGCUUUGCAAGGAUGGGAUUCUUCUCUUCUGGUUUAUCGAAGGGCAUGCUGGACCACUUAUUGCCAGAGAAAUACUUGGAGAAAUAUUUGACUACUACAAGGGAAAAAUGCAUUACGAAGAUGACGGCGAAGACGAUUUAAUUAAAAAAUCUGGUAAAAGUUCUUUCUCUUCACAAAGUACUGGUUCAAUGGAGGACGAUUAUGUUGAAGAAGGAGAGGAAGAUGAGGAUUUUUAUGGCGGAGGGAAGGCUGCUUUAACUCACAGAUUUGGAAAUAAUGGAGGUAUUCCAUCCCCUACAGCUCCUCCAAAAUUGCCUUUGGGAGAGGCUACAAGCCUUUCCUUCUCUUCACAAGAAAGAGAAUUAUUACCAACAACUGUAGAGGGAGGUGUAGAUACAAAUACAACAGAAACUUCACAUUUAUAUUCUUCAACACCUAGAAGGAAGGGAGGUGGAAAUUCAGCUAGAGCUAGGUAUGGAAAUGUGGCAGAUGAACGACGACCUCCUAAUUUUUAUAAUAAUGGCCAUAGACGCAGUAUUCGUCGUGAAAACAACAACGAAAAUCCCGGAGGAGGAAGGAAUAUAUUUUCCCGUUUCUUUCGUUUUCUUUUUGGUUUUGGUGGAAAUAACGGAAUGAAUGAUAAUUAUUACAGAAAUCAACGAUUGCCUAUAUUAGCUACUCCUUUUACAAACCCAACUGGGCCUGCAGGGAAUUAUUAUGGUAAAGCACUUGUAAAGGAGGUUUGA